AUGGCGCAAGAUACCACCUCCUCCUACCGUUUCAGUUACUUCUCCUCCCAGACCCAAAAGACCGUCUUCUCGGCCACCUGGGACGAUUUGCUCCCGUCGCAAUCUGUAGAGCAAUUGUUCCCGGACAAGACCUCCUCGGAGGACGACGUGUGGUGGCUGGACAUCCGCGAUCCGAGCGUGCAGGAUGUACAGGCCGUUUCCCAGGCACUUUCCAUCCACCCGUUGACCGCGGAGGAUAUCAUCGCUCGUGAGACCCGUGAGAAGGUCGAAGUGUUUCGGAACUACUACUUGAUGUCCUUUCAGACGCUGGUCACCGGUGAAGAUAAGGAUGCGUUCCCCUCUUCCGCUGGGGUCUACAUUCUCGUCUUUCAUGGCGGAGCCGUCACGUUCACUCCUAGUGGCUGCGGACUUGUGCGCCGGGUUCGCGAUCGCAUUCGGAAGAUGCAUGCUCCGUCUGUGUUGUCGGCGGACUGGAUCUGUUAUGCAUUAAUCGAUGACAUCGUCGACAGUUUCGAACCCCUGACUUUAGCCGCCCAGCGUGAGGUGGAAGCCAUCGAGGACCAAGUCUUUAUAGCGCGGAUCGCCGACGUCAAGUCCCUCGUCCCGCGCAUCGAUACGCUCCGUAAGAAGAUUUCCUUCGUCCUCCGCUGCCUCAGCGGUAAAAUCGACGUUCUCAAUGGGUUUGUCAAACGCUGCCAGACCUCCAGCAAGCCGCCAGUUUUCCCUGACGGCGAGCUUAUUCUAUACCUUGGCGACGUCCAGGACCACCUGGUCACGACCACAUCGAACCUGGCGCAUUUCGACGGCAUCGUCCGUCGGUCUCAGGCGAACUGCCUGGCUCAACUGAGUGCCACGAACCUUCGCAUGGGUUACAAGAUCAAUUCCGUUAUCAGCAAGCUGACCGUUGUCGCGACGAUCGUGACUCCAAUGCAUAUGCUGACAUGGCUUUUCGGGAUGAACGUUCCAGUUCCGGGUGGGGACACAGACGGAUUAGGUUGGUUCUUCGGCAUUGUGGGCUUGAUCUGCGCCUUUUCGGCAGUCAGUUUUGCUGUCUCGUACAAACUGAAGCUCUUGUAG